AUAUAUAAAACACUUCUAAAUGACUGUCUGGUGGAUCAUUACGAUUAGUAAUGUUUAUAUUAAGUAUGUAUACAACAUGCUUAGAACAUAUGUGUAAUUCUUUUCUUAUUGUUUCGUACUUCGUAGUAUGAUGACAGUACACGAGUUAUCUGAAUCUGCUUCACGAUAAAGAUGGUAAUUUUGCAUGUUGUAUUUAGUUAUUAAAUUUUUGUAUACUUCUAGAUAGACUAAUUUAAAGUCUGAAAAACACGUUUGGACAAUGUGAAUAUUAUUUCAAUGUGAUUUAAUAAAGAUGUAUCAAAAUUUGCGAAAUCUUCUGGGAUUAUUGCUGAUGUCAGCAUCUUUAGUGCUAGGCUAUGAUAUAUUCAAUGAUGUUUAUUAUCCUGGCAAGAAGGGUACCCUACUUGAAGAAGAAGACUUCUCACACCUACCUAAAAUUUUCAAACGAUAUCGACGUAUUGAAAGAAGAACUAAAUUUACAGGCCACCAUAACGCAUCGUCUUUUUAUACAUCCCACGAAAGCGGAAAAGAGCAAUUCAAUGACGUCUUGUCGCAUCUAUCCUGGGAAACGACGUCGGUCAGAACAGGAAGACGCGUCGCAACGUACGUGAAUGUCGCAUCGAACCGAAUUGGCAAUACACCAUAUAAUCAAAAAAUUAUAUACUACCGUAAAUUAACGGAAACAAAACGAAGGAAACGAACGAGAAGGAAUAUUUACGGGCAAGACGACCGAGCUUAUAUUCCGAUAAAUAAACAUUUCGGACUAAAAGAGCCGUAUAGUUACACCGUUAAACUGUCUGUCGGGUGUACAGGAAUUAUUAUUUCGCCUCGUCAUGUGUUAACAGCAGCGCAUUGCAUACAUAGCCAAAAGGACUACCUUGCUGAUACGAAAAAACUAAAAGCUGGAUUUUUACAAACUGAUAAUAAAAUCGAAUGGAUUUCGAUUAAAAGCAUGAAAGUAUCGAAAGGCUGGACAAAUGGUAAAGUUGAAAACGGCCCGUUUUAUGAUUAUGCCUUACUGAAAUUAGUACGAAAACACGGACGGCCUUAUAUACGGUUAGGUAUAAGCGAAAGUGAACAUCAUGGCGCCGGUGAGAGGAUUUCUUUUACAGGCUUUGAUGAAGAUAAACCAGCGAACACGAUGUGGUAUAGGUCAUGUAGUGUUAUGGAAGACGACCCCAGUUUUUUAUACCAUUACUGCGACGCUAAGCCUGGUUCAUCCGGAUCCGGUGUUUACUCCUGGGUAUAUGACGAAAGCGAAAAAGAAUGGAAACGAGCGUUAGUGGGCGUAUUCUCAGGAAACAGAUGGCGUAAAUAUGAUGAAUUUUACGUAAUUCAACGUAACUUUAACGUAGCAGUUCGGCUCACGUCAAACAGAUACGCGCAAAUUUGCAAGUGGCUUGGUAAAACUGCUGACCAGGUUUGUCAUGCUCAAAACAAAUAAGGAGGGAAAAACUUGUGAAUAACAUAAUUCGGAUAUUUAAAGUUUAAGUUACCCCUAAUAUUAAAAAGUUGAGUCUUUUCGCUCUUUUUAUUGCUGCAAUGUUCCGCUUUUGCAACCUCGCUCUCAGUGCGUCUUUUAAAGACGGCCAUAUAUGACAGAAAGCAAAAAUAAGCCUUGAAAACAAAGUUGUCAUUUGCUUCUCUUUUUUAAUAUUACUUGCAUCAGCUGGUCAAUUUUUCGUAGCUAAAAAUGAAAAUUAAUUCAAAAACAUAACAGGCAAGCCAUUUCAAAAUUUCUUAUUUCCAAACCUUUUCAGUAUGUUUGUUGUGUGCUAUGUAUUUAAAGAAUUACGAAAUAACAAUAAUAUAAUUUCUGGCUUUAUUUAUUAGUUCUUUGAAAGAAUUCAUAAAAAUUAUAUUUUUAAAACAUUUUUUUUUCUCUCUGUAAAUAUAUACAUAUUUUAUGUAAACAUAGCAUCAAGCUGUAGUUUUGUGUUCAAAUAAAUAUUGCAAUGGA